CACUCCCCGGAGCUGCUCUCCGACAUCCAGGAUGGUUACAGCGUCUCAGGGCACCUGCUGGUCUGCUUCUCCUCAGGCUACUUCAUCCACGACAGCCUUGACAUCAUCUUCAACCACCAGUCCCGCUCCUCCUGGGAGUACCUGGUGCACCACACCAUGGCCAUCUCUGCCUUUGUCUCGCUCAUCAUCACGGGCCGUUUCCUGGUGGCGGCGAUGCUGCUGCUGCUGGUGGAGGUGAGCAACAUCUUCCUGACUGUCCGCAUGCUGCUGAAGAUGAGCAAUGUGCCUUCCCCGGCGCUCUACGAGGCCAACAAGUACAUCAACCUGGUGAUGUACUUCGCCUUCCGCCUGGCACCCCAGGCCUACCUCACCUGGUACUUCCUCCGCUACGUGGAGUUGCAGGGCCAGGGUGCCUUCCUCACCACCAACCUCCUGCUGCUCGACGCCAUGAUCCUCAUGUACUUCUCCCGCCUCCUCCGCUCCGAUUUUUUCCCCUCCCUGCGCAAGGGCUCUGCAGGGAGGGAUGUGGAUGGUGAGAAGUUUCUGAUAGACUGAGACGUGUGUGCCGAGGGGAACCCGGGCUCCGGCUCCUGGAGGUCUUGGCCUCUCCAAACCCGCUCUGAUGUGCCUUAGGGUUCGCUCCCUGGCCCCGGGCCCUGCCUUCACCCGCUCUGCUGCCUAAAAGCGCUUCCCUGCUGGACCAGCCCAACAGCCUCGCUGAGCCGCAGGGACGCCGCUGAAGCCAGGGGCACGGCUGAUGGAAAAGCAGCCCAAGCCGGCUUCUGCGCAGGCAGCUGGAGGGCCAUGGGUGGCUGUGUUUUGCAGCUGAUGGCCUGAGAGGAUUGUGAGGGAAGGGACGAGUCCCUCCCAUGGUGAUGUUGGGUGUUAUGUGCAUUAAAAUCGGUCUGUUUACUGCUGCCGCA